AGGAGGAGGGUUUUCCUUAAGGAACUGCUGCCAGGACAGGGCAGAGGAUUGCAGUUAUUAUCACUCUCUGCUAAUGAGGACCAGGCCGUGGUUCACUCGAGCCCCGCCCCAAUAGUAAUCUAAUUCCAACCGCGGCCCUCUCAGAAGUCGGUCUCCGCCUUUGCGCCUCAGCCUCUCUGGACUCCAGCCCCCAGAAGUCGGCGCGGCACGGCGUGACCUGCGCAGUGGCGUCCGUUGUAAGUGCUAUGACAACAGGGCGAAGAUGGCUCAGAGUUAGGCUGGAGAGGGGAGGUGUCCCUUCCGCUGCGGCCGUCGGGUAACUGCUACAUCCCAUUCACCGCCUCCUCCAUCCUUUCCUCCUCGGUGUGAGCAGCAGGACUUGCAUUUGUUCUCGCCUGCCUAGUGUCUUCCAAGGGAUAGAUGCCGUUUCCUCUGCUGGUCUCUGGGGGUGACGGGGGGCGCAGGGGAGCUUCUUGGGGGAAUCAGUACAACUCUGUGGAGCUGGUGGUGCUGCCUGGUGGGGCUCUCUCUUUGCCCGGGACGUGGAACAACUUUCAGCUGGAGGACGAGAGGGAAUAGUGAAGCUAAAGGUUGCUUUUCUCUGCACCCUCCGUUCUUGCUCCCUCUGCUCCAUCACUGGGACCUUGUCAGGCGUUCAUAAAGCAAAAUUUGCCGAACGAGGGUUCGCAGAAAGGUGGGGCAGAGCUCAUCUGACGUGGCAUCAGUGUGAAAGAAAAUGUCUUUAUUUAAAGCCCGUGAUUGGUGGUCUACUAUUCUGGGAGAUAAAGAAGAAUUUGAUCAAGGCUGUUUGUGUCUGGCUAAUGUUGACAAUAGUGGAAAUGGACAAGAUAAAAUAAUUGUGGGUAGCUUUAUGGGAUACCUAAGGAUCUUUAGCCCCCAUCCUGCAAAAACAGGAGAUGGAGCUCAAGCCGAAGAUUUGCUUCUAGAAGUGGAUCUACGAGAUCCAGUACUUCAAGUGGAAGUAGGAAAGUUUGUUUCAGGUACUGAAAUGCUACAUUUGGCUGUGUUACAUUCUAGAAAACUUUGUGUCUACUCUGUCUCAGGAACCUUGGGUAAUGUGGAACAUGGGAACCAAUGUCAGAUGAAAUUGAUGUAUGAACAUAAUCUUCAGAGAACAGCCUGCAAUAUGACCUAUGGAUCAUUUGGUGGUGUAAAAGGUCGAGAUUUAAUUUGCAUCCAGUCUAUGGAUGGGAUGCUGAUGGUAUUUGAGCAGGAGAGCUACGCUUUUGGAAGAUUUCUCCCUGGCUUUCUUCUGCCUGGUCCUCUUGCCUACAGUUCCCGUACAGAUUCCUUUCUUACUGUCUCUUCCUGCCAACAAGUGGAAAGUUAUAAGUACCAGGUACUUGCUUUUGCAACAGAUGCAGAUAAAAGGCAGGAGACUGAACAGCAAAAACUUGGUUCUGGAAAAAGACUAGUUGUGGAUUGGACUCUAAAUAUUGGAGAGCAAGCCCUUGACAUAUGUAUUGUCUCUUUCAAUCAGUCGGCAUCCUCUGUUUUUGUUCUUGGUGAGAGAAACUUUUUUUGCCUUAAGGAUAAUGGACAAAUUCGAUUCAUGAAGAAGCUUGAUUGGAGCCCAAGUUGUUUUCUGCCAUAUUGCUCAGUUUCUGAAGGAACAAUAAAUACUUUGAUUGGAAAUCAUAAUAACAUGCUGCAUAUUUAUCAAGAUGUGACACUGAAGUGGGCCACCCAACUUCCCCACAUUCCUGUAGCAGUAAGAGUGGGCUGUUUGCAUGAUUUAAAGGGAGUGAUAGUCACUCUGAGUGAUGAUGGUCACUUGCAGUGUUCAUACCUGGGGACAGAUCCUUCUCUGUUCCAAGCUCCAAAUGUUCAAUCUCGAGAACUAAACUAUGAUGAACUUGAUGUAGAAAUGAAAGAACUUCAGAAAAUCAUCAAAGAUGUUAACAAAUCACAAGGUGUUUGGCCCAUGACUGAGAGAGAAGAUGACUUGAACGUUUCUGUCGUGGUUUCUCCUAACUUUGAUUCAGUUUCUCAAGCGACCGAUGUUGAGGUGGGAACUGACCUUGUCCCUUCUGUCACGGUGAAGGUCACACUGCAGAACAGAGUGAUAUUGCAAAAAGCCAAAUUAUCAGUCUACGUGCAACCACCAUUAGAAUUGACUUGUGAUCAGUUCACCUUUGAAUUUAUGACACCAGAUUUGACUAGAACAGUAAGCUUUUCUGUUUAUCUGAAAAGAAGUUAUACACCAUCAGAAUUGGAAGGAAAUGCUGUUGUUUCUUAUUCCAGACCAACAGAUCGAAAUCCUGAUGGCAUUCCGCGAGUUAUCCAAUGUAAAUUUAGACUUCCCCUAAAGUUAAUUUGCCUACCAGGUCAGCCUUCAAAAACUGCAAGCCACAAAAUUACUAUUGAUACCAACAAAUCUCCAGUCAGUCUUCUUAGUCUCUUCCCAGGUUUUGCCAGUCAGUCAGAUGAUGAUCAGGUGAAUGUAAUGGGUUUUCACUUCUUAGGAGGUGCUCGAAUUACUGUUCUUGCUUCCAAAACUUCUCAACGAUAUCGCAUUCAGAGUGAACAAUUUGAAGAUCUUUGGCUCAUAACCAAUGAGCUUAUUCUUCGCCUUCAAGAAUAUUUUGAAAAACAGGGAGUCAAAGAUUUUGCAUGUUCUUUUUCGGGAUCUAUACCCCUUCAAGAAUAUUUUGAGUUGAUUGAUCAUCAUUUUGAGCUACGGAUAAAUGGUGAAAAAUUAGAAGAACUCUUAUCUGAGAGAGCUGUACAAUUUCGGGCCAUUCAACGCCGGCUACUAGCAAGAUUCAAAGAUAAAACUCCUGCCCCUCUUCAACACCUGGACACUUUGUUAGAUGGAACCUACAAGCAGGUAAUCGCUCUAGCAGAUGCAGUGGAGGAAAACCAAGGCAAUCUGUUUCAGUCAUUCACCAGGCUGAAGAGUGCCACCCAUUUGGUGAUUCUGCUGAUCGCGCUGUGGCAGAAGCUUAGUGCUGACCAGGUUGCUAUUCUGGAAGCGGCAUUUCUGCCGCUACAAGAAGACACUCAAGAAUUGGGCUGGGAAGAAACGGUGGAUGCCGCCAUUUCCCACCUGUUGAAGACUUGCCUGUCGAAGAGUUCUAAGGAGCAGGCUUUGAACCUCAACAGCCAGCUGAACAUACCCAAAGACACAAGCCAACUGAAGAAACAUAUCACCUUGCUCUGCGAUAGAUUAGCCAAAGGUGGCCGUCUCUGCCUAAGUACCGAUGCAGCGGCCCCACAGACCAUGGUCAUGCCAGGUGGUUGUACUACAAUCCCAGAGUCAGACCUAGAAGAAAGAUCAGUAGAACAAGACUCUACAGAACUGUUUACCAACCACAGACAUCUCACUGCAGAGACACCCAGGCCUGGAAAGGAAAGGAAUUGAAGACUUUGCUACUCUCUGCAGGUGAACUAUGGAAGCUAUGUGGACAUUACAUGCAUUAAGGGUUUUGUUGCUUUGGACUGGAAAAUAUAUAACUUAUGGUACAGCACAACUGCCAAGGCCUAAUCAGAGUAAGAUGCCUCUUGGAAUAACCACUUUCCCCAGUGCUUAAUGUCUGGAGCAGAGAGAGUCUCUAUUCUGGCUAAUGUGGGGAAAACGUUACCAACACGCUACUUCCCAGGUUUUUGCCAUCAUUUCAUCUUAAUUGUAAACUCAGACCCCAACCCUUCACUUCAAGGCUCAUUUUGAAUCAAUUAUCUCCUUAUCCCUACACCAAGAGCCACAUUCGAGGUCCUCUUGGAAUAAGUGGACAAGGCAUCAUGGACUGUACUUUUAGCCCUAUUUUCUGGCCCUUUAUUAUAUUCUCCUCGUUUUUGUCUUUUUAUUUUGCUUCAACAUUUAGUGUAUUCUCUCUUGUUGUGUCUCUCUUAUAUGCCCCUUAAAUCAUUUCUAUAAUGGAAUGGGGAAAUGAAUAUAGUCCCACUGUCUCCUCUUAAGGUUCUCCUAAUCACCUUUCUUGGCAGUCAUCUUCCCCUCUUUAGAAUCCCUGGAGAACUCUAUGCCUCUCUACAUACCUCUCUCUUACUUAUUGUAUUUCAGAAGUUAUGUUUUCCUUUCCUGGUAGGAUAGAUUUGCAAGCUCCUUGGACAUAACUGUUCUUGGAUUCUUUUCGCUGCUUGGUAAAUAUUUGUUGUAUCAAAAGGUCAACUAAUCUCCUAAAAGAAAUCAACAAGUCAUAGAGAAAUGGAGAAGCCGGUGAUUUAGAACACUGUGGUCUAACCUUCCUAAUUUAGUAUUUCGGUUUAUGCUGAGAGGAAGCUGAUGUGACUAUCCUACUAUUUUUUCUUAAAUUUGGCUUUGAAGAGAGAUUUGAAUCUUAAAAAUUCAAUACUUAAUGAUUUUGUUCAUGAGUACUUGGGUAACAUUGAUUUAAACACAGGAUUCAGGCUUUAAAUAAGAUGAAUAAAAAUUCUAAUACAACAUUAGUUACAAAAAUGAACAUUUAUUUAGAAUAAGAAAAGAAUAACAAGUCACAUUUGUAAAAAGCUGAUAAUCACCAUAUAUAUCACAAAAUCUAUACAAAUAUUUAUAUUAACUACUUGAUAUACCUUUUUAACAAUUCUGCAUUUUCUUGCACACAUUUCUUAUUCACUUCUUUAAUUAUAGACCAUUUGUAAUUUCAUUUUGUAUACAGUGAAUUAAAAGAUAAUUUUUUCUCUGAAAUUGUUGAUCAGACUUUUAAAAAAAAAAUUACUGAUAGUUUGCAAAAACUUCUUUCAGCUUUACAACUCAUCAUUUGUAAUGUCAGCCAGGUUUUUAGGAUUAUAUUAUCAGGGCAUUUUAAUUUUUCUUAUGCAGUGAUACAUUUUAAAUAGCCAUGCAAUUGACAACUCUUUUUUUUUUUUCUUAGAUAAUUUCAACUUUUAUUUUAAAUUCAGGAGGUACACAUGCAAGUUUCUUACCUGGGUAUACUGGGUGAUGCUGAGGCUUGGGGUACAAUCGAUUCCAUUACCCAGGUACUAAGCAUAGUACCCAAUAGCUAUUUUUUAACCUUUGGCCCCUCUCCCCACCUCUAGUAAUCCCCAGUGUCUAUUGUUGUUAUCUUCAAGUCCAUGAGUACCCAUUGUUUAGUUCCCACUUAUAAGUGAGAACAUGUGGUAUUUGGUUUUCUGUUCUGGCAUUAAUUUGCUUAGGAUAAUGGCCUCUAGCUACAUUCAUAUUGCCGAAAAAGACAUGAUCUUUUUUAUAACUGCAUAGUAUUCUGUGGUAUAUGUGUACCACAUUUUCUUUAUCCAGUCCACCAUUGAUGGGCACCUAGGUUGAUUCCAUGUCUUUACUAUUGUGAAUAGUGCUGCAAUGAACAUAUAAGUACCUAUGCCUUUUGGUAGAAUUAUUUAUUUUCUUUUGGAUAUAUACUCAGUAGUGGGAUGACUAGGUGGAAUGGUAGUUCUAAGUUCUUUGAGAAAUCUCCAAACUGCUGUCUACAGUGGCUGAACUAAUUUACAUUUCCAGCAAAAGUGUACAAGCAUUUCCUUUUCCCCACAGCCUUGCCAGCUAUUGUUUUUUGACUUGUUAAUAAUAGCCAUUCUGACUGGUGUGAGAGGGUGUCUCAUUGUGGCUUCAAUUUGCAUUUCUCUGGUGAUUAUUGAUGUUGAACAUCUUUUCAUGUUUGUUGAAUGCUUGUCUGUUCAUGUCUUUUGCACAUUUUUAAAUGGUAUUAUUUGUUUUUUGCUUGUUUAUUUGUUUAGGUUCCUUAUAGAUUGUGGAUAUUAGACCUUUGUUGGCUGCAUAGUUUGCACAUAUUUUCUCCUAUUCAAUGGGUUGUCUUUUUACUCUGUUGAUAGUGUCUUUUAUGAUGCAGAAGCUCUUUAGUUAAUUAGGUCCUACUUAUCAAUUUUUGUUUUUGUUGCAUUUGCUUUUGAGGACUUACUCAUAAGUUGUUUCCUAAGACCAAUGUCCAGAAUGAUGUUUCCUAGGUUUUCUUCCAGUAUUCUUAUAGCUUGAGGUCUUACAUUUAAAUCUUUUAUCCAUUUUGAGUUAAUUUUUGUAUAUAAUGACAGAUAGGGGUCCAGUUUUAUUUUUCUUUCUAUGACUAGUUACAUAUUCUAGCACCAUUUAUUGAACAGGGAUCCCUUUCCCCAUUGCUUAUUUUUGUUGACUUUGUUGAGGAUCAAAUGGCUGUAGGCGUGUGACUUUAUUGCUGGGUUCACUAUUCUGUUCCAUUGGUCUUUGUGGAAAUUGACAACUCAUUAGCCAGUUUAUCAUCAAAAUCCUCAUUGAAAUGAUCUUCAUUACCACUAGUAUUUUAUUUCAAAUCAGCAAGAAGAUAUUUAAGUAUUUUUCGAAUAUGUUCAUGUGAUUUACUCUUCUUCAUUAGCUAGAUUAUUAGACAAUCCAAAGUCUGCUUAUUCUCUUUCAAAUGUAUCAUCUCAUCUUAAUGAGUUAAUUUUGGUAUGAUUUGAAAAUGUUUUUGUUAUAAUUUGCUUAUUGACAGAAUAACUUUUAUCCAUUUUAUAUAGGAGUUAAUUGGGAAAGUUAUUUUAUGAUGAGUUUGUAAUUGUGUACUCUGAAUUAUUAAAUAUAUUCUUAACAGGCAAGAAAUUCUCCUUUGACUUGGGGUCCAU